AUGAGGCUUUCUACGACCGCAGCUGCUCUUGCGGCCCUUGGCGGACUCUGCGCGCAGGCGCAGAACGUGACCGAGUGGCCUCUGCACGACAAUGGCCUGAACAAGGUGGUCCAAUGCUACAUGAUCAACGGCGAGCGCCUUUUCAUCUUCUCCGGAGACCCGGAGCUAUGGAGAGACUUGCUCGAGAAGAUGAAGGCAGCAGGGGGUUAUCACGAGGCAUCACCCGGAGUUCUUGACUUCACCAGCGGUGCUCACGACUUUGUGUCCCUCAUGACGAUCGCGAAAGAGGUCGGCAUCUACCUCUUGAUCCGCCCCGGACCCUACGUCAACGCCGAGACCAACGCCGGCGGCUUCCCCCUGUGGCUCACCACCGGUGAGUACGGCAGCCUUCGCGACGAUGAUCCGAGGUACACCAAGGCUUGGACACCCUACUGGGAGGAGAUCUCGAAGAUCAUCGCUCCCCACCUCGUUACGAACGGUGGAAAUGUCGCCAUGUUCCAGAUUGAGAACGAACUCAAUGGCCAGUGGAAGGACAUUGGCAGGAAGAUCCUCAACCCACCCAUCGCCAACUACAUGCAGCUUUUGCAAGACAGUGCCCGGGACUCGGGCAUUGAUGUGCCCGUCUUCCACAAUGCUCCCAACAUGAGGGGCUACUCUUGGUCGAAGGACUUCUCCAAUGCUACUGGUAACGUCGACACUGUCGGCGUUGACAGCUACCCGUCUUGCUGGAGCUGCAACCUGUCCGAGUGCACGAACUUCAACGGCGAAUACGUCCCAUACAGCGUGGUCAACUACUAUGACUACUUCCAGGUCCAAUCUCCAUCGCAACCAAACUUCAUGCCGGAGUUCCAGGGAGGCAGCUACAAUGUUUGGGGUGGAUGCCCUGCUGACACCGGGGCUGAUUUCGCCAAUAUCUUCUACCGCAACCUCGUGUACCAGCACGUCACUGCCAUUUCACUCUACAUGAUGUUUGGAGGAACAAACCACGGAUGGCUUUCCUGCCCCGUUGUCGCCACCAGCUACGACUAUUCAUCUCCCGUGUCGGAGAACCGCAAGAUUGGCGAUAAGUACUAUGAGACUAAGCUUCUUCCCCUCUUCACCCGAGUGGCCAAGGACUUGUACAAGACAGAGAGGGUGGGCAACAGCACGUCGUACACCAACAACCCAGCCAUCGCCGCUUCGGAGCUUCGAAACAUCGAUAACGAUGCCGGUUUCUACGUCGUCAUGCACCAGACUUCCUCUUCUGGCACUCGCGAGACCUUCAAGCUCGAUGUCAAGACAUCCGCUGGCGACCUGACCAUUCCCCAGCACAGCUCCAUCACCAUCAAUGGCCACCAAGCAAAGAUUCUCGUCACGGACUUUUCUUUCGGCAGCAAGACCCUCCUCUACUCGACCGCCGAAGUCCUGACCUACGCUGUUUUCAAUGAGAAGGAGGUGCUCGUCUUGUGGCUCCCUGAGGGCGAGUCGGGCGAGUUUGUCGUCAACGGUGUGACUGAUGCUCAGUCCGGAGAGCAGGGCCUUGGCAAGAUCGACUUCUACCCUGGCGAAGACAGCAUCACCGUGUCCUACACCCAAGAGAAGGGCAUCUUCAACGUCGAACUUGAGGAUGGUUCCUCCGUCGUUCUUCUCGACCGCAAAGCCGCCUAUCACUUCUGGGCCCCUCAGCUGGACAACAACCCAUUCUUUGUCGAGAACAAGACUGUUCUGGUCCAAGGCCCCUACCUGGUCCGUCACGCCUCCAUCAACGAGACAAACCGUGGUCUUGACCUGCGUGGUGAUCUGGACGGCCCCACGACCGUCACUGUCUUCGGCCCUUCUUCGCUUUGUUCCAUCUCCUGGAACGGAGAGAAGGUAGCCAUUGAAUCGCGCAAUGGAAACGAAUUCACCUUCAGCCUUGAUGGACCGGCCAAGUUUGAGCUUCCGGUCCUUGGAUCGUGGAAGUACGACGACAGUCUGCCAGAGAUUGCGCCCGACUACGAGGCGUCGCCGUCGACCUGGAUUGUCGCCGACCGAAACGAGACUAGCAACACUGAGAUUCCUGAUCUCUCGAACCCAGUCCUCUACGUUGACGAGUACAAAGUCCACGUCGGCAACCACCUGUUCCGCGCCACUUUCCCCUCGACCGAUGAGCCCCCCACCGGCGUAUUCCUCAACCUGACUGGUGGCCUUGCCUUCGGCUACUCCGCCUGGCUCAACGGUGACUACAUCGGCUCGUACCUUGGAUACUCAUACCUCGGUGCCUGGGCUGAGGAGCUCUCCUUUGACAACGCCACCCUGGCGACAGAAGGCGAGAACGUCCUUACGGUCCUCAUGGACAACUCUGGUCACGACCUGCGUGAGGCAGCUCUGGCGCCCCGUGGUAUCUCCAACGCCACCCUUAUCGGUCCCAGCAGCGAGGCAUACCGCUUCUCUGAGUGGAAGAUUGCCGGCACGGCAGGUGGCGGUCAGGCCAACAUCGACCCCGUCCGUGGCCCUCUCAACGAGGGAGGCCUGUACGCCGAACGCAUCGGCGUGCACCUGCCUGGUUUCUCGGACGAGUCCUUCACGCCCUACCCCUUGAACGCCACGACUCUCGACGUGCCUGGCGCUGGAGUUCGCGUAUACCGCACUACCGUCGAUCUCGACGUCCCCGCCGGCCUCGACGUUGCCAUCUCCUUCAGGCUGACGGCGCCCUCGGACUCGACCUUCCAGCCCACCAAGUCUGGCUACAGCAACCGCGUCAGGGCUCUGCUGUUCGUCAACGGCUACCAGUUCGGCAGAUUCAACCCCCACAUCGGCAACCAGGUCCACUUCCCUGUUCCCCCUGGCAUCUGGGACUACCACGGCGAGAACGCCAUCGCCGUCACCCUGUGGAGCCAGGAUGCCAACGGUUCUGAGAUCAAGGUCGAGCUUGAGCUGGACUAUGUCCACACUACGAGCUUCGAUCUUGGCUUCGAUGGCGAGUACCUGCGUCCUGGGUGGGACGAGAAGAGACUGGAGUACGUGUGA